UCUUAUUUCGAUCGAGCACGCUCCGUUAGCGUGAAUCGUUGGACAACUUCCAAUUCUAUUCUAGUCAAACGCAAUAUUGGAAUACGCACAUUCAGAUUUCGCAUUCGACGGAUUCGACGUCAAAAAGCUUUCAAAACUCAUUACACUAAGUGACAGACAUCUGAUUGGUCCAACAUUCUUCGAUAUAUCAUCGAAAGCUGUUCUUCGUUUAGCAAUAACUACUUAAUAAGCGAAAAUAAAUAUGCAGAAUUGAGAAAAAUGGGAAGUUAGAAAGAGGAAGUAAGAUAAAAGCGAGAGAAGGAGAACGAUACCGUAUCUCAUGAACGGACAUACUUUUGACAAAGAAGAAGAUAAAAAUAAAGAGAUUAGCAGUGACAUACGACGCAGAAUGGGAUUCGAGAUCGCUCUUGAGGUGGUUGAACGACAAUCGCGCGUGCACGAUAAUCGCGGAUAUCUAGCGCGCGUAACAUGAGUACGAGAGAGAAAGGAUAUAGGCCUUAGCAGAAAGUAAUAGAGAAGGAGAGAACACGACAAAGAGCAUCGUGCAAAGAGGAACGGCGGCGGCGCGCGAGUAUAUAACAGAGAAUCAGCUGAUGAGGCACAACACAACACAAGCCAGUCGGUGGACGAGCUGGAAGGCUAAUAGUUUUCUCGUUGCUGCUGUCGUUAGCUUUGGUUAUGGCGACGAGUAGCUCCGACGGCUCCUGCACGGCUCCCGCGGACUUUCAGCUCUCGUCCGAGCUGGAAGAUGCGUCGAGUCGUCUGAGCAUGAAUCUGCUCAAGUGCCCGUUGUGCCAUAACAGCCGUCGGAUUUUUUAUUGCCGUCAGUGCGUCCAAAACGGUGAUUUUAUACACUCGAACACCGUCUACUCGGAACGGUUCGCGGAUAAGCAGAUGCGGCUCGUACGACUGAAAGCUGCUAGAGCUCAAUUGGAGGAAAAGUGUAUCAAGGCUCUUGAGAGGCAUAAACAAAGAGAUAAGCUGAUUUGUGAUAUAAAUGUAUGUAAAGAAAGAGUGAGACUACUUCAGUCUUUAGUAAAUGAGACAAAGCAGAGCAUCAAUAGAGGUAAUCAACGUUUGAACAUUCUAAAAGAUGUCAACUCUCAGUUGACUCUGCGAGUGCCAAGACACGAGGACAGAAUAGAGAAACUACAUCGCUAUGUUAAUGGUUUGAAAGCUAAACAAGAAAAACAGAAAGAAGCUGUGGAUAGAAAAAGGGAGCAAUUAAAAAAAGUUAUCAGAACUGCUGCCAAGCAAUUAAUUCAAUACAUUUUUCCAUUAUCUAAGGUCCAGCCGAAUAAAAGUUUGUGCAGCAGUGAGGAUAGUGACAGUACCACUUCGGACAUUGUUACUAGCGCAUUGGCGGAUGCAUCAGGUACAUCGUAUGUGCGUGGCAGAUGGAUAAGUGAGAAAGAAAAUUCUUUAGAAAUUCAUCAUUGUAUAGUUGAACCAACAUUGCCAGCAAUGGGAGAUUAUAGUGCUUAUUCUCUUUGGGUUGCAGCAAAUAAAGAUGGUGUGCCUAGUGCAAACAAGGAAAAUGCGAUGCACAAUCCAGCAUAUAAUAUUAGUGCUGCUUUAACUUACGCUACGCAAUUGGUUAACGUUCUUGCCUAUUAUGUUAAUGUAAGAUUACCGUACAAGGUUACCUGUGGAGAGUUUUGUGGAAAUGAAUUGUCGGACCAAAAAUUUGCUAGAAAAGUAGCAAGGCUAAAUAGUAAUGUAUUACAUUUAUGUUUUACACAAAAUACCGAUAUAGAAGUUUUACAUCCCAUGCAUACAUUGCAAAACCUGAUGCAUUUGCUCAAUACCGAAAUUAGUGAUCUUGGAAGAAUUGGACCAAUGGAAGUCGAUCCAUCCAUAAUAGCACAACUUCAUAGUCAAUUAAUUCCUGAUUUGGAGAAUAGUGAUGAUUCAGCUUCCGAUGAAGAAGAUCUGUGUUGGGGAUGGGAAGCUGUAAGUCAUACUUCUGUACCAAGUAUCGUUUGUCCCGAAAUGGCAGUACCUACUUCUGGUGCAAUGAUUAGUCAGCAAGCUUCUAGUAUGCAAGUGCAUCAGAGUGUCGCUGGUGGCUUGGUAACAAGUGCAGCAGCCAGUAUCGCCUCGAUUUGGCGAGGUUGGACUAAUAAAUAAUUUUUAUCUUUCAAUCAACAAUAAGCUAUCUGUAUAUAUGUUCUUAUUAUAUAUUUCAAAUUCUUCAAAUCAAAGAGAGAAUAGAAAUUCGGGGGAAAUGCUUGAAAACAGAUACAAUGUGAAGUGGUAUUUAUAUAAUAAUAUUUAUAUGUCAUGGAGAAGAGAGAGCAGAUAUAAUACAAAAGCAGGAUGUGAAUAUUAUAUAUUAUAAUAUUAUAUGACUUUUCCUGACUUACACAUGACAUUUAAAGUAGUUCAAAUGUAUGCUGUGACACCGAUUUUGUUAGAUCUGAAAUAUCUAACUUAAUUCAAAACUAAAGUAAAUAGCUGAGGAAAGUAGUAAAUAUAUACGACUGUUUAAUAUAAAUUUAUGGACAUUUUAUAUUUCAAUGCACCACAGAUAAUAGUUUAGAUUGUGAUAUAUUAAAGUGGAUGUUUAUGGUAAAUACAAAGCAGGAUGUAUAUUAAUUAGCAUGGAUAUAUAUAUAUAUAUAUAUAUAUAUCCAUGCUAAUUAAUAUACAUCCUGCUUUGUAUUUACCAUAAACAUCCACUUUAAUAUAUCACAAUCUAAACUAUUAUCUGUGGUGCAUUGAAAUAUAAAA